AUGAUAGAGUGGCUCGCUCGUUUUCGUCAGUUUGAUCUGCCGCGCUUUGAUGGUAGUUGUACGGAGCCCUGGGUUGUAGAGGUCUGGAUGAGCGCGAUGGAGAAGUUAUUCGAGGACUUGUUUAUACUAGAGCGGGAGCACGUACAUCUGAGAGUGCACUGUUUGGCAGGCGAUGCACACUCUUGGUGGAGGAGGAUGAGGCGGACUCCAGGGGUGGUGGCGCUACAGAUGAAGUGGGUCGAGUUUUGUGGAUCGCUGUACGGGGCCUAUUUCCCAAACAGCGUGAAGCAAAAGCUCAAAGAGGACCUGAAGAAGCUACAGCAGGGAGAGCGAUCAGUUCAGGAGUACCCUCACGAGUUUACUCGGCUUCUGAACUGUGUGCCGUUUGUAGCCCGGGAUGAAGCCCACAAAGUGUAUCUGUAUGAGGGGGGCUUGAGGCCAGAGAUCCUCCGGUUGGUGCAGGCGCAGAGGUUGAGGACCUUGGAUGCGUCGAUUGAGCAGGCAUUGUUGGUGGAGAAAGGAGAUGUAUCGAUCCGUGAGUAG